AUGRCCGCAGCCAUCAAAGCCCUCAAUGCGAAGAUCCGCAGCAACCCCGUCAGCGAUUACUUUUGCYCCACACAUUUCUGGGGACCAGCCAGUAACUUCGGAAUCCCCAUCGCAGCAGUAAUGGACACCUCCAAAGAUCCCGAAAUCAUUUCCGGCCGCAUGACCCUCGCCCUCUGCGGCUACAGCGGAGUUUUCAUGCGCUAUGCCUUCGCCGUCUCUCCCGCCAAUUACCUCCUCUUUGGAUGCCACUUGGUCAAUUUCAGCGCGCAGAUGACGCAGGGAUAUCGAUUUGUGAAUCAUUUCUACAUGGGAGGACGGGAGAAGGCGUUGGAGGCCAAGGCUAAGGAGGGGCUUGCACAGGCGGAACAUAAGGUUGAGGGGGUUGUUGAGCAGGCGAAGGAUUUGGCGGGGCAGGCUAAGGCUAAGGUGGAGAGUGCUACGAGGUGA